UACAUUGCUGCAAAAAAUGUCUAAGCUGAGCCGAAUGAAUGGAUGUUUGCUGCACUGAGGUGCCUUUGCUCGCGUCUGUCCAAGAUGACAUGAACCUUUAAGCUCAUAACUCAUCUCCUUCGCUCCUGUCUUCCAUUAUUUCCCGCCUCUGCUUGUCAGGGUACCAUGGCAACGAGGAUGAAGCUGAAGCUGAAGACUGUGUUUGUGCUCUACUUCAUGGUCUCCCUCAUGGGCCUCAUCUACGCACUGAUGCAGCUCGGUCAGCGCUGCGACUGCUCAGAGCAUGACAUGCCAAAAGACCGUACCAUAUCUCGGCUGCGGGGGGAGCUGCACCGCCUUCAGGAGCAGAUGAGGAAGUCAGAGGCGACCAAGCAACCACAGAAACAGCCAGCCAAACCCACCAUCUUUGUCAUCACCCCGACAUACGCGAGGCUGGUGCAGAAGGCCGAGCUGACCCGUCUGUCCCAGACCUUCCUGCAUGUUCCUCAGCUCCACUGGAUUUUGGUUGAGGACUCGCCACACAAGACGCCACUGGUGACUGACCUCCUGGUUAAAAGUGGCCUGACCUACACGCACCUACACAUGCCCACCGCCAAGGACCGUAAACUGCAGGAGGGUGACCCCAGCUGGCUGAAGCCGCGGGGAGUCGAGCAGAGGAAUGAAGGCCUACGGUGGCUCAGAGAGGACAGAAGGGCUCAGCCAGGAGGAGACAACCAGCAGGGAGUGGUUUACUUUGCUGAUGAUGAUAACACAUACAGCCUGCAGAUAUUUGAAGAGAUGAGGAGCACCGAGCGGGUGUCGGUGUGGCCGGUGGGGCUGGUUGGAGGGAUGAAAUAUGAGAGGCCCGUGGUUGAAGGAGGAAAGGUGGUUCGCUUCCAUACUGGCUGGCGUCCCAGUCGCCCCUUCCCCAUGGACAUGGCCGGCUUCGCUGUGUCCCUCAAACUGGUCCUGGCCAAUCCAGACGCCUGUUUCGAUGGAGAUGCACCAAUGGGCUUCUUGGAGAGCAGCUUCCUCCAGGGGCUGGUCACCAUGGAUGAACUGGAGCCUAAAGCGGACAACUGCUCCAAAGUGCUGGUGUGGCACACACGGACAGAGAAACCCAAGAUGAAGCGAGAGGAGGCUCUGCAGGCUCAGGGACUGGGUUCAGACCGAGCAGUGGAGGUCUGAGGAACACACACACACAUACAUGCACGCACACUCACACACACACACACACACACACACACACAUUGUAAAGCGUACUCUGCUGUUUAAUGCUGCAUAUGUAACUCUGCGUUGUAAAUACUGUAAAACAGAGAAAUAUCUGUUAGAGGUCACAGUUUAAAUUUAUCUGGUCCUUUUUUGUGUCAGGUAGUAAAACGUGUGUAUAUAUGGAGUGAGUGUGUGUGUCGUUAGUGUACGUAUCGGGGUUUUCUUCAUUUUUAGUGAGUUAGGUGUCUUUGUCCAGAAGUACAGUGGAGGAGGACUCUGGAGUUUUAAACAGUUGCCUGAUGGGGGCGCCAGUUUCAAAUUUUGCAAAGCCAUGCUGUUACACCACCAGUACUUUUCUCUCAAAGCUGGAGGAACGAUGCAUCUUGUUACAGACGUCCAUGCUUGCAUUAUCUGUAGGGUUUCCCGUGUUUACUUGUGCUCAAUAAAUCCUUGCAGUGUAUCUUAUGAUCCUGAUGGCUCUUAGAUAUUUUUAUGGGUGACACCAGGUCUCUCCUGCCUCUGUUUGCUGAAUCUGUAACCAGCUGCGUCAGUGCAGCCACUCUCAUCUUGACUGAUUUCUGACUGAGAUACGGAGCACUUUAUCCAUGCAUGGCUUGUGUUUUUGUGUGAUUAGUGUCUCUAAGUCUGUAUUCAGCCAUGUAGAUGUUUUAUUUUUUAGUCACAUGUCAAAAAACACCACCGUCAUAGGCAUGAUAACAAUCUUUAAUGCAGCCUGUCUAUCAAAACGUCUGCACUUGCUAUUAAGGUUAUAGUACUGUGGUGCAAAGGUGCUUUUUUUUUUGACAGUUAACAGUAUUCAUAACAUAAACAAAAGCGACAAACUCACUAAUUAAUUAAGAAAUAUGCUAAGUAGUUGUUGCCUUGUAUUUAUUAUGCUCUCAUACGCCUGUGUUACACAAGUGGUGCAGCUUAGCAACACUGAGCUGCAACACGGACAACAGCAAAUACAGACGCAGUGGUUCCACACCCAGUGUGGCUUUAAAACUCACAGCGCUAGUGCUGGUUUUUAAUAGUGUCAUAGCAACAGGUAGUUCUAGCCGGCUUUUUUCAUACUUUUAGUGAUGCUUUCUAAAAACAUGAGGCUUGUGGAAUCCAUUUAGAAGCCCUGAAUAAGGGGACAACACUACUGAAGCUCAUUUAAAUCCCUUAUGCAAUAAACAAGUAAAACACGCUGUCCGUGUUACAUUUUCAUAACAUGAGGACGAGAAAAAGACUUGAAUUUGCCUUUAACAGGCAGGAAAUCCCUGGAACUUAACAGUAGCGGCGUUUCAACAGUAUAUUUAUAAAAGGUUCGAAUAUGAACUGAACUAUUUGAGCUGAGCAAUAGAGAAGCAAAGUCCCUCUGCGUCCAACGGACCAACAUGGGAACAUAUUUUGGAAAAAAUCUGUACAGUAGUCAGUGAUGAGUGACACAAUUUUUUCCCUUUUGAAUUGUUUUUAUAAAGAUUUAUUAGGUUAAGUAUCACAUUUGGGCUGGCAUGAUAUAAGGGUUUCACUUCGUGAUUAUUGCACCAAAAAUGAGUAUACAGUGACAACAUUAUUUCGAUUCAUAGAAAAUUUGAAAAAUAUAAAAAUAAUAAUUUUAUUAAACUAUCAAACUCAUCUUUAGCUUUGUUUACUGUUUACUGUUUACUGUUUACUAUCAUUAUUAUUAUUAUUAAUAUGAUAUCAAUAUCACACGCUGGCCAGGACAGGUUAAAUACAGGAUAAAUAACAUAAAUUAAUGAAUAAAAAAUAAAAUAAAGUAUAAGGAUUGUCGUCAAUUAUGCUUUAUUAAUAUAUUGCGACACCCUUAAAUUACACGUGAUUUUUGUCAAUUUAAAAAAAAAUUUUCUAAGUAAAGAAAGUUUGCAGUUUGUUGUAAAACUGUUGAAAUAUAUGACUGUGAAAAUUUGUCAUUUGAAAGUUUAUUAGAAAGUUGUCUGAGUGAUGUUAUCAAACGUUUCUCUCUUGCUGGUCCUGCGUGCAAGCGGAAACGACCGGCUCUCAUUUCGCAUAGCCACAGCUCUCAACAUGGCCUGACUUGAAGUGAUUUUCACAUCUUUUAAUACUUAUUUCCUCUUUCUGGAAGAACAAAGUUAUAUGUGCCAAGUAAAUGGCCAUGUUGGUGUCGGUGGCGAGACGUGAGAGGUAGUUCACUUAGCACACAACUGAACGGUGCUACAGCAAGCUGCGACUUUCUUGACUCACAAAAUCAUCUUUGAGAUGACAGAUAUCAGGUGUAAUGCAUCGUCUCACUUUUUGGACAUUUUUUCAAAAUUAGGGUUCCAUGAGGGCCAUUGGAAGGGGAGGGACUUUGCCUCUCUAUUACCUUCCAUGACUUCAUGAGAAGUCGGAAGAAUAAAGAGCAAAAAAAUAACACCACAGCUCAACAAGUGCUCGUCAGCUACUGUUGUAUGAUACUGUAAAAACAGCUAGUGCCUGCUUACGUGUAAUUAGUGCCUGUAAGUCCAAUCUCUACCGGUGUAUUAUGUAUUUAUUACUGUAAUAUUGUUCUUUAUAUUGUACGAUGUGAUAUUCUGUCUGUCCCUGGCCUUGAAAAUAAACCUAGAUAAUGUAAAA